AUGGAUAAUCAAAUAUCAAAGAAAAUCGAAGAUUUAAAUUAUCAGUACCAACAAAACGAAAACAAAAUUUCACAUUAUAAAAAGGAAAUUCAAGAUUGGAACGAACAAAUGAAUGCGUUACAACAUAGCAUUGAUCAUAGAACAUCUUUAGUAGAAGAAUUGGAAAAACACAACGAAAAUAUAAAACAACAAAUUGACCAAUAUUACGAAGUUGUCGAAAAAGAACUUACGAAUCAGAAAAAUCAAAUAGAAAACCAACUUAAAAGAAUUCGAAGUAGAAGAGAAAAAAUUAAAUAUACACCAUAUUAUUGA